AGUUGGUGGUAAAAGAAGAGCCAAAUAUGCCUGAAAGGCUGGAGAGAAAUUGGAAUAAGAGUUAGCACUCCCAACCAUAGACGAAUAAUAUGACUGUAAGAGAUGAUUAACUAUUUCCAUCUGGCAUAGCAACAUGACAACAGAAACAUUCAGUGGCUACAGUGUGGGUAAUGGAAACAGGAUAAGAUUCUGGUUAGAUGUUUGGUGUGAUGCCACAUUGCUUAAAAUGGAUAUUCCAGAUCAGUGUGCAAGUUUGGUCGAUAAAAGGGCUGCACUUGGAGUGGCGUUGAAUGCUUGGGAUAGUGAAGUGGUUCCAGACCCUCAUUUUGGCAGAAAUUUGCUUGACUGCAUUGCUAGAGGGCCCCUUCUCUUUUAUCUUAGAAGGGGCAGCGAGAUCAGGCUGUUUUUGAAGGUGACCAAAGUGCCAGAUUCUCAGUAGAUCCUUUAUGGGCAGAUUUUCAACAUUC